AUAUACCACAACUCCUUAGCCUCUAUCAACUCGCCUCCUCUGACCUCUGCCACCGGCUCCUGUCCAGACCACAGCCGAACGUCGCCGUUUUGCUUCUUCCUUCACCACACAACACCCGCACCACCGCCAUUCGCACCGCCUCUGCCUCUCGGUUGUCGCUCUCUGCUCUUGUAAUUUGAAAUUAAGACUGGAGAUAGUGAAUACUUCGCUUCGGCAUCGUGGGUCUGGCGCUGUUCUGCAGCAAUGAGCAGGGCGUUGCAUAGUUUGUCAGGCACGCGUUUAUGCUGUUCAUCUGGAGGUAAGCAUACAUGUGAGAGACUUUUUGAGGUUGAUUUUAAAAGGGUCACCGUAUCUUACAUUUUUAACGGUGGACGUGCUAAAGCUUCAAACUUCAAGCCUCUGAAACCCUAUUUUCAUUUGGGAAGCCACAUUAAUCGGUCUUAUUCAGCCUUCCCUAUUCAACCACUAUUUCGAAGUAGCUCCCGAGAUAACAUGUUACCACUGAAUUCAAUUAGUUAUAGUCUAACCAACGGUGGAUUCGGAACUUUUGCACCCUAUAAAGGUGUUCUUUCCAUGCGGCGUUUCUCGACUCCAAGAGCAAUAUUACCGAAAAUUGCUGUCGGCGAUGGAGAAAAAAGGGCGAAAAGUACGUCUUUUCUCGCAUUCAACAAACAUUGGACGCAAUCUAAGAAAUUGAAGAAGCGCGUAGGAAAUGAAGGAAAACCAAAUGUUAAAUCUAGUUUAAAAGCUGUUGAAAAUGAUGAGAUAGUUACGUUAAAAGAUCCACCGGUUGAAGAUGGCAAGAAAGAACUCGGUGAAGGUCAAUCGGCUAACAUUAAACCGAAAAAAAAGCGGCAACCCAAAACUAAAACAAGUCCAGAAAAGUCUACUGUCACUGUCACUUCUGAGGAACCGACUUCCAUAGCAAGUUCUAGAAGUGCUUCUCGGUCAAAGAAGUCAAAGUCAUCCAAAAGUGACUUGGAGACUGCUGCUUCAGAGGUUAGCGCAAAUGGAAAACCCGCUGUUGAAGUGAAUUUGGAAGAGGAACAAUCCAAAGGGGCAGCAAAGAAGAAGACUAGUAAGAGAAAGCCCAAAACUCAGCCCAAAUCUUCUUUAACGUCAAACGAGGCUGUGCAAAUAUCACACGUCACCGAGUCACCUUUAAGUUCAAAAAUUAACACAAGUAUUACACAUGUCACCGAGUCACCUUCAAGUUCAAAAACCAACACAAGUGUUAAGAAUAAGAUGUUAAAGCCCUUGUAUCCUCCCACUGGUAAAUCUGUUGUUGUGGUGGAAUCCAUGACAAAAGCAAAGGUGAUUCAGGGGUAUCUUGGGGAUAUGUACGAAGUUCUUCCUAGUUACGGUCAUGUACGGGAUUUGGCCGCCAGGUCAGGUUCCGUUCGACCCGAUGAUGACUUCAGCAUGGUUUGGGAGGUUCCGUCUGCCGCAUGGACUCAUCUUAAGAGCAUUAAGGUCGCAUUAACCGGAACUGAAAAUCUUAUCCUUGCGUCCGAUCCCGAUCGCGAGGGUGAGGCUAUCGCUUGGCAUAUCAUCGAGAUGUUACAACAACAAAACGCUUUACCCGAAAGUAUUAACGUUGCGCGAGUUGUUUUCAAUGAGAUAACCGAAUCCUCGAUUAAACAAGCCUUACAGGCUCCACGAGACAUCGAUUUCAACUUAGUUCAUGCGUAUCUUGCCCGUCGUGCACUCGAUUAUUUAAUCGGGUUCAACAUUUCACCGUUGUUAUGGAGAAAAUUACCAGGUUGCCAGUCCGCGGGUCGGGUACAGUCCGUUGCUUUAGCUCUUAUAUGUGACAGAGAGACUGAAAUCGAUAAAUUUGAACCGCAAGAAUAUUGGACGAUUGAAGGCGAUUUUAACUACGGAAAGGGUUCUAGAAACUUCUCCUGCCCGUCACACCUGACACAUUACGAUUCCAAAAAGUUAAACCAAAUGUCGAUCACUUCUUGUUCAGAAGCAAGUGAUAUCGAAAACAUGAUUAACGCUUCCGAAUUCGAAAUCGUUGGAUCGAGCAAAAAGAACUACAAGAAAACAUCUUCACCUCCGUACAUUACAUCCACCCUGCAACAAGAUUCGGCAAGCAAACUACAUUUUCCGUCAUCAUACACCAUGAAACUCGCUCAAAAGCUAUACGAGGGGGUAAAAUUGCCAGACGGCAAAUCCGCAGGGUUGAUUACGUACAUGAGAACCGACGGACUGCACAUGUCCGAUGAAGCUGUUGAACAAAUUAGGUCAUUUGUUAAAGAAAGAUACGGGCAAAGUUACAUCCCGAAUAACGCGCGGAAGUUUUUUAAAAAGGUUAAAAACGCUCAAGAAGCCCAUGAAGCUAUUCGGCCUACAGAUAUAAAACGACUUCCGUCAACGCUUUCUGGAAUUCUCGAUGAAGAUAGCUUAAAGCUGUAUGCUUUAAUAUGGGCUCGUGCGGUUUCAUGUCAGAUGGAACCUUCGGUUACCGAACAAAUACAAGUCGAUAUCGGGAAUGCUAACCGGUCGAUUAUUUUUCGGGCCACGAGCUCAAGAAAAGAUUUUCUAGGCUUUCAAGCGGUAUAUAAGGACGUUGAAACUAAGAUAAUUAAAAACGAUGAAGAUCAAGACGACGAGCGUAACACGUCAUUUGACGCGCUUAAUGGUUUAAAAACCGGCGAUCAAACGAGUCUCGGGAAAUUAGAACUUAAAGAGCAUCAUACACAACAUCCACCUCGGUAUUCGGAGGGUAGUUUGGUAAAAAAGAUGGAAGAGCUCGGUAUAGGUAGACCGUCUACAUACGCUACCACGAUUAAAGUUUUGAAAGAUAGAAAUUACGUAACGUUAAAAAGCCGAGUACUUUAUCCUGAAUUUCGUGGGCGUAUGGUUUCGGCUUUUUUGUUUCAUCAUUUUUCUGAAGUUACGGAUUACAGUUUUACCGCUGAUAUGGAAACCGAACUUGAUAAUGUUUCGGGGGGUAUGACCGAAUGGAGAGGUUUGCUUAGAGAUUAUUGGACACGAUUUAGCAAGUACUGUGAACGUGCUAGUAGUGUUCAUAUUCAUCAAGUGGAGAAAAUGUUGGAAAAAACGUUUGGUGAAUUUUUGUUUGCGUCUCUUCCGGAUCAAAGUAGAACGUGUCCUAGUUGUAAAGAGGGUACGUUAAUUUUCAAAGUUAGUCGAUUUGGUGCGGGUUAUUUCAUUGGUUGUGAUCAACAUCCUCACUGCAAGUAUAUUGCUAAGACGUUAUACGGUGAGGAUGACAACGACGAUUCAAGCCCAGAAAAUGGGAGAGCUGUAGAAGAACCGAAGCUUCUUGGGUUGCAUCCCGACUCUGGUGAAAAGAUUCUAUUAAAGGAUGGUCCGUACGGUCACUAUGUUCAGCUUGGUGAAGACAAAAAAGGACACUUGCCUAAACGAGCUUCUGUUUCCCAGAUUCCAGAUAUCAGCUCCAUUACAGUGGAAAUGGCACUUCAGUUGCUUCGUUACCCCAUCACUUUGGGAAAACAUCCGGAUGAUGGUCAACCAGUGGUAUUGAAGCUUGCAAGACAUGGAUUAUCGGUAAAACAUAGACGUACACAAGCACCAGUACCAAAGAACACGAAUCCAGAUGAGAUAACGCUUGAGAAAGCUAUGAAGUUUUUGACGGGUAAAGAUGCAAAGCAAACUGGGCGGCCAAAGAAGAACAAAGAGAAGGAAGCAGUUGAGGUUUUGUAGUUUUAGGUAUACAUUCUUCACAACAAACCGAAAUAACAAUUUUAUAAUCAAUAAUUUAUAUACGGAUUUGUUGAAGAAUUUUGAUAUCUUGGCUUGUUUGUUUACAAUUACAAGGACAUUGUUUUCCAGAAGUCUCGCGAUUUUAGUGAUAGUCGGUGCCAAUGUAUUAGGUUGAUUUCUACCAUUUUGGUUAUCUUGUAUACAAACAUUCAUCUUAUAAAUUAAAAAUUCUAUAUAUUGUAGAA